CGCUGGUGUCGGUGUCGGACGAGGUACGCUCGCGGUGCCACCUCAAGUUCUCCGUGGACCGGGUCCUCUCCAAGGCCAGCUCGGUGGAGAGCUUCGCCGUCGACCUGCACCUCAACCUCAGCCUGCUCCAACAGCAGAGCGCCAGUGCCAGCGCCAGCGCCAGCGACGCCAAGCAGUCGAGCAGCUCCGCCUCGCCGAACCACGUGACGCCGGGCUCGUCUGGCGGCUCGAGCCCGGCGCUGCGCGAGGCGGGCACGCCGGCCGGGCCGCGCGGCGCCGCCAGCGCGCCGGCGCACCCGUCGCCGGCGCCGCCGCCCGCCUGGGAGCGGCUCGAGAGCGGCCUGGAGGCGGCACUGGCGGCGGCUCCGCGGCCGGCCGCGCCGCGCGCCAGUCGCGCCUCCGGACUACAGGGCGGUCUGCGUGCGGCCCGGUUUGGCUCGGAGCUCUGUAAGCCGUGGCGCAGCCUGGACCUGGAGUCGCAGCAGCUGUGCCAUCCUCACCGGCCCGUGUUCAAGACGCAGCGCUCCUCCUCCGUGCCGACGCCCAGCUCCAAGAAGGACGUCCACCUGCAGGCCGCGCUGCACAAGCUGGAGACGUCUUCGGUGCCGUCCAAGGAGCGUUCGGCGCGCGUCUCCGUCUCCAACGAGAACAACCUGCUGCUGGAGCCCGAGGUGCUGACCGACCCGCAGAUCCAGGUGCUGGCGCUCACCGUGCUCGCCACGCUGGUCAAACACUCGACCGGCGGCGCCGAGACGCGCGUCCUCUACGAGUACCUCGCAGAGGCGUCCGUUGUCUUCCCAAAGGUGUUCCCCGUCAUUCACUGUCUGCUGGACGCCAAGAUCAACCAGGUGCUGUCCAACUGUUACGACAAGGUGAUCCUGACGUGCGUGCAGUGCAUCAUUCAGAACAUGAUCGCCACCGAGCACGAGACCGUCUCGCAGCAGCUGCACUCCAUCCAGGCCUACGGCUUCGGCGGACUCUGGCGCUUCGCCGGGCCCUUCACGAAGUCGACCAGCACGGGCGUGAACGCCGAGCUGUUCCGCAACUGCCUGGAGGCGAUGGUGGAGACGUGCUGGUCGGCCGGCGACCACGAGCCGGACGUGCUGCCCGCCUGUCCGUCACUGCUCUCCGUGUCGUCCACGGUCAACGCCUCCAGCUCUCUGUCCAGCCCCACCGUCGGGUCGCCCACCGAAAAAGUUUGUCCCCAGAACCCGUUCUGAGCGGCGGCGGCGCGUCAAUGCGCCGACCGCAGUCGGACCUCCCCAAGGAUCUCGCGUGGCGCCUGGCCUGGCGCCGGCCCACUCUGCCUGUACCUGACCGUCUCGGGCUGCCAGCUGCUGGCCAACUGAUCAUAGCUACCGGUGCGGCGGCGUUGGCCCGCCCGCCCACCGGCGUGCAUCUCAGUGUGAAGGUGUAUUUGUUGCGGCGCGCGCCGUGUGUUGGUGUGUUCUGUCGCCGGGCCGGCACCGGGGCCGUCUCCCCGCCCACCUCUGUACAUACGCACACACACGCACACAUGUACACCCGCCGCGCGGCGCAGUUAGUCACGGCACCUCGGCAGCAGCUAGUCCACCCGCACCGCACCGCUCCGCUCCGCUCCGCCGCUGGUCCGCUCAGGUAGCCGCGGGGGGCCGAGUCGCCCGCGCGCCGGCCGCAGGGCGCUCAGCUCUCACCCGACCGGGCGACCAGGAGCCGCUGGAAAAGCAUUUAUUCUCACCGUAGCCGCGCCGCCGCUGUCGCCACCGCCGUGUGUUGUGUUGGACGGCGCGUCUGUUAGAGCUGUACUGGUUUGUGGCUGCUGUGGCAGGUCGGUGGGGCCGCCGGUCAGUUUCAGGGUGUCGGUUGGUACGGUCUCGGAGCCCCCCGGUCAGUCGGAGGGCGAUGUGGCUCGGUCAGUCGGGGUCGCGGUGCAGCCAGUCAGUGGAUACACCCUGUGCGGUGUCAGGAGGCCGACGGCUGGGGCGGAGCGCGCCGCCCCGCGUGUCUCAGUGGGCAGCCCUCCGUGCGGUGUGCCGUGCCCCGCCCGCCACUCAGCUGCUGGUAGGCAUCUAUUUUCAAUUGUUAACUCGCUGUAUCUGAAUCGUGUCGGUCGUACGCAGAAAUCUCCGUAUUUUGAUGUCUUUAAGCUGUUCUGCACAUUAAAUGUACUAUUUAUUUUGCCAAAUACAUAUAUCAAAAUGUG